AUCACUGAUUACUUUUCUACGUUUUCUAUUGGGAUGAGAAGCAGGCGACGGGACGCUGUAGGAUUCUAUGUGUACACAGCUUUACAAUACUGAGCAUUUCAUGUUAUAUAAAGUGUUGGACUGCAGAGCUUUUUGUUGUAGUAUUUAAUAAUUACUUUAAAGAAGCGUGUUUAUGUAAUAGUAGUUUACUGCGUUAUUACUUGACUGUAGAAAAUUCGAAAAGAACGAUUAGGAAAGUAAUUGAGUUAAUAAGUUUUUAGGUACAGGACUAAUGGGGAAAAAAGGCAGACGACUUCAAGCACUUGCUGAAAGUCUACCUUCUGUCAGUCAAUCAAUAGGACCACCUCAUGCUCAAUUGCCAAGUGAAGGUGUACCUGGUGCAGGUUCACUACCGAAGGGGCAGGGACAAUCAAGGCAACAGCAACCACAAUCACAAUCAUACCAACAACAGCAACAGCCACCACUGCAACAGCAGAAACAACAACAACAACAACAACAACAACAACAACAACAACAACAACAACAACAACAACAGCCUCCUCAGCAAAGGCCUCCACAGCAACGCCCAACUUCAGGAGAUGUUAGAGGAGCUGGUACUUCUGCUAUAGUUCCAGUUAGAGGGGGUUUGCAAAUUCCUACCAGAGCUCGUAUUGAUAUAGCUGGAACAAGUGGAAGAAAAACUAUAAUUCGUACUAAUCAUCUUGCCUUAAACCUUAAAAGUCUUACUACCAAGAUUGCUCUUCAUUAUGAUGUUUCUAUUGAUCCAGACAAACCAAAGAAGCUCAUGAGCAUAGGUUUUCAAGAUACGAUAACUGUAAUGGAUCCAGAAAGACAGAGGCAAAAAGAGUUUAAAGUUACUAUCAAAUUUGCAACAAGAGUUGAUUUAACACCUUUGUCGACAUACAUGAGGAGUGGAACAACUUUAGAUGCUCCUCAACAAGCUAUUCAGGUUUUGGAUGUGGUUUUACGAAGUGCCCCAGCCUUUCGGUUUUUGCCAGUUGGGCGGUCAUUUUUUACCCCUCCGUCGGGAACAAUUGAAUCAUUGGGUGAUGGCUAUGAAAUAUGGUAUGGACUUUUUCAGAGUGUGAAUCUUGGGUGGCAACCGUUUGUGAAUGUUGAUGUUGUGCACAAAGGAUUUCCUAGUUCUCUACCUGUCAUUGAAGUUAUACAAGAAAUUUGUGGUAAUAGCAGAUACCCUGUAAACUUAGACCGUGGUUUGGAAGACUAUCAACAAAUGGAUCUCAAGAAAUUCUUGGCAGGGUUAAAGGUUGAUUAUGAGCUACCCAAUAAUCCAAGUUCGAAAAGAACCUACAAAGUUAAUGGUCUGGCCCCACCAGCUUCAUCUCUUACGUUCAAACUUGACAAUGGGACAAGUGUGACAGUUCAGCAGUAUUUUGAGCAAGAAAAGAGGAUUCGGCUAAGGUACAAGAAUCUCCCAUGUCUUCAUGUGGGGUCCUUGAGGCGUGAAAAUCCUAUAUAUGUUCCCAUUGAGCUAUCAAAGGCUCAGUUCAAUUCAAGCCCACAAGUGAUGGAAUUUGGACUUCAAGUUAAUGAAAAUUUUACAGAAAUUAAUGCUCGUGUACUUAGUCCUCCUCAAUUGGAGUAUAAAGAUAAAGUUGGCCUAAUACCUAGCAAAGGAGUCUGGCAGGCUAAAAAAUUCCUUGAUGGAAGAAAACUUGAAAAGUGGAUUAUUUUGCAGUUGGAAUUUCGUAUGCAUAAUGAAGAUAUUGGGCGAUUUGUACAACUAUUUAUCCAGCAAGGAAGAAACUUGGGCAUGGUUAUUAACGAACCACUUCCAACCAAGACAAUGGAUUCAAGGAGGAUCACAAGGGAAUUGGAACCUUUUCUUCGAAACUGUUCAAAAGAUGGAUUUGAGUUAGUGGUGGUGGUUGUACCCGACAAGGGAAAUGAGUAUGCAUUUGUGAAGCAGACUGCAGAAUUAGGUUGUGGUGUAUUGACGCAGUGUGUUAAAGCUUCAACAGUAUCCAGAAGAAUGAACUUUGCUACUGCCCAAAACAUUUUGCUGAAAGUUAAUUCUAAAUUGAAUGGGGUCAACCAUAGUAUGCAUGGAGUAUCAAGACCGGUGAUAUUUAAUUCUCCAAUUAUGAUAGUUGGUGCUGAUGUUACUCAUCCUUCCCCUGAUGAAACAAGAAUUCCAUCUGUUGCAGCAGUUUGUGCAAGCCAUGAUCCAAAUGCUUUCCAAUACAACACUCAGUUUCGAUUACAACCAGCAAGAAUGGAAAUAAUACAAGAUUUGCAAGAAAUUAUGAAACAACAUCUUAUUUUCUUUUAUCAAAGAACUAAGGGGAUGAAGCCUCAAAGGAUAUUGUUUUACAGAGAUGGCGUUAGUGAGGGCCAAUUCCAACAGGUCCUUGACAGUGAAUUAAUUGCAAUUAGAGGUGCAUGUUCAUCCCUUGAAAGAGAGUAUAAGCCAUCUAUUACAUUUUUAGUUGUUCAAAAGAGGCACCAUACAAGAUUUUUUCCCAUUGACAGGAGAGAUUCCGAUGGAAGAAAUUGUAAUGUCUUACCAGGAACAAUCGUUGAUACAACGAUUACUCAUCCCACUGAGAGAGACUUCUACUUGGUUAGUCAUGCAAGUAUUCAGGGAGUUAGUCGCCCUACAAAGUAUCAUUGUUUGUGGGACGAUAAUAAGAUGACUGAAAAUGAAUUGGAGGAACUGACAUAUUUCUUAUGUCAUAUGUUCUCACGUUGUACUCGAAGUGUGUCAUAUCCAGCACCAACAUACUAUGCUCAUCUUGCUGCAUAUCGAGCAAGAGUUUACUUGCAAGGGCAAAAUUUGGAAAGGAUAUCUGAUGACCGCCUGCAAACUGAAUUAUUGGCUCAACUGCAGAAGCAAUCUCCAAUGUAUUUUGUUUAGUUUAGUUUCUCUCUUUAUAAAAGUGUGUUAAUGUUGGAUGUAUAUUAUUUUGCGAAGUUGAUAUUUUUUAUUUCAAUCAAUGUUUUUAGUCAAAAUGCAAAUAAAAUAAAUUUGGCAAAUUAUUUUUCUCUUGAGAAUAUUCUCUCUUCCUGCAUUUCAUGUGAUGCUAUUGAAUAUAUAUAAUAUUAUAAAUAAAUUGAAGUCUCUGCCUCAAUUGUACAUUAAAAGUGUAAUUUAUUGCCAGUCUCAAAAAUAAAAUGAGAUUUUCUCUGUAAUAAGCAAGUGUAACCCAAUAAUAAUCCAAACUGACCAUUGGUUUUGCGAAACACCUGUAAAUUUAAUUAUAAAUAAUAAUUUUGGUAGAAAUGAAAAUUUCAACUUCAAACUAACUACUUGUACUGAUAUUUAAAUUUUAUAUUGUUGUAUUUUUUCUAUCUCAAACCAAAAAAGAAUAUGGCUUUGUUCUUUAUUGUAAAUGAUUUUAAUAUUUUUAAAAUUAGCUUAAUAAGUAUAAAUUUCUUGAAAAUGUAAUUGAAUUAUUCAAGUACUAUUCAUUUCGUAAAACGUAUUUAUUUAAUUAUCAUCGUUUUAAAUAUAUUUUUUAUUGACUGAAGUAGUUUUUCCAAAAAUAUUUCGGAUUUUGUGUAAUGCAUGGGGGAAAAGUAAUAGUGGUGUAAUUUAAACAAAAAAUUAAAAACAAACUGUACUAAUUAAUCCUAAUUCUCAUGUUGUGUCCUGUUGUAUAAAAAACACUUAGGGAAUAAUAUUAUGAACUUGUUAUAUUGUCUUCAUGUAGUGGUGAAAUUCAAACUUAUGUGAUGAUUCCCUAUUAAGUCUUUAUGUUGAAAAUAGGUUAAAGUUAAGGAUUUGUAGUUUUAAUUUUAUCAUUCUAUUUUUCUCUAUGGCAAUGCAUUAAUUUAACAAGUUUUCUUUUGUAAGAUGUACUACAGCAAAUUAAUGUGCUUUUACAAAUUCAAAAUGUGUAUGUUAUCAAUGUAAACAAUUGAAAAGUUCUGAUUUUAUAAGGGCUCAGAUGAUUAAGAAAGACAAAAAAAAAAUACAUUAAAUUAUGUCAAAUCGUGAAUAAAAAGUAAAAAUUUGAACAAAAAAAUAGAAUUAAAGUUUUCUCUCCUUCUAAAUUUUACAUAAUGCUAUGUUCAAUAAAUGUCAUAUCAAGGACAAUAACAAAAUAUUCAAACACUUAAAACUUUUUGGACUACAAUUUCAAAUACUUGGUUUUAUCUUAUUGUACCUAGUAUCAGUGGUACAAGCAAAAUACUGAUGUUAUGGUUUUAUGCUAUCUUCAAUAGUGUAAUAACAAUUAUGUUAAGUAAUUUAGAUUUCAAACAUAAAACCAAUUUUCACAUAACAGAAAUGGUUAAGUCUUCCCUCACUAACUGCGCAUUCGUGGUCAAUGUGGGCAAAGCGGAGGAUUGCGGCCGGAGACCCUCAAGGCUCCGUCCUCUCCCCGCUUCUGUUCUCGCCAUUUGUCAAUGACAUAUCACGAACAUAGCUUUUGCUUUACGCUGAUGACAUAGCCGUCUUAGCAAGAGAAAUAAACAGACCACAAAUUGAAAAUACUUCAAAAACUGAUGAACCUGAUGCUGAAGUGAACGGAACAAAACCACUUGACUUUAUCAGCGGAAAAGUCGCAUGCAAUCUGUUACACCCGCCCCAAACACAAAUAUAUUAAACGUUUUACACCACCAAAAC